AUGUUCGGCACCUCCAUCCGCAUGAGUUCCAGAGUUGCGAGGUUGACGACCAGUCUGUUAGAGUAUGUACACCAACUUAACGCCAUCGAAAGCCAUGCUAUCUGUGCUGCGCCUCCCAGUCACUUAACGUUUGAUGUUUUCAGGUUCUUUGGAAGCAUGUCGAGUGUACUAUGUACGCAGGCGGACAUUGCUCACAUAGCCUUCGACUUGUCCCGCUCAAUGAUUGUGGUCCUCAAUUUCUGUCCCAGGGGCGUUGCAACUGUUUCGAAGCCAAACCUUAAAAGUGCCCCCGCAGUAGCCCGCAGUGUAGUCAAGAUACUUUUUUUGAAGCUAUUGACAUGCGCCGCGUAA